AUGACAGUGCAUAAGCAGACCUUGUUUGUCAAGCCCUCCCUGGUGCAGCGACAGCUUGACGGGGCCUUGGUUUCUUAUGGUCCAGGAGCCGAAGUUACAAGCCUCGAAUUUCCCGAUCUGAAAGCUGCCUUGGACCGAUCUCCACCUCCAGAAACCCCAUCGACUUCUAUCUACACGGUUAUUCUGGCAGCCUUCGCUCUGGAAAAGCUUGAUGUGGAGCUACAUGACCGGAGAUUGAGCUGUAGUAUCCGACCACCUCCCCAGAACCCAGGAUGCACAACACCAAUCUGGACAUUGGAAGUUGGAAACAUGGCGCCUGUGACUGUGGAAUGGGACCUCACAGCCCGGCUACACCACAUUUUGCCAGAGAAUAUCAUCUUCAGUGCUGCAACAUCAAGAUCAAGAGUUACACAAGCAUGGGCCCUGAAAUUCAUUACCAACACGCUGAAAGAAACUGGAUGCAAAUUGAUCUCCCUGGACAUUGUGCCGUCAGACAGCAACAAGCGAACAAAGGCCCUCGCUCGCUUUGAGACUGUCACAGACGCUGCACUUGCCUUCUCUCUGGCUCACAAAUACUUCCGACAGCUGCGUUCAAGACUGUUCCUUGAGCAAGUCAUCACUGUCAGCAUCCCAACCAUGCCGGAGAUCUGCUAUGCAUUGAGAGACCCGAUUCUGGCGGAAUGGCGACGAAGCAACAAAGCAGUCCGGAGUUGGAUCCAUCAUGAAUGCCGAGACAAGGCUGUACUCCUGAUAAGUGGGGCCAAUCCCCACGCUGUCGCCGAGCUCAAGGUCCGAUUUGAGCAAUUGUUGGCUGGCCAGCUGAUUAUGGCAGAUACUAUGGGCAAUAAAUUGUGGAAUGACUUCUUCUACACCGAUGCUGGACUGUCAUAUCUCAGUUCCCUCAGCCAGUCUCGCCUGUUGUUUGUGCGCCGAGACAUACGAACACGUCAACUCAUCAUGUACGGAGCAGACAGUCUCUACGAACGUACACGGGCCUCCAUCAUUGCCACGCUCCUGCAGUAUGAGCAGUCCUUCCAUUUCAUGACGCUGAAUGAGGCCUUGUGGAAGAAGGCUCUGUCAGGAGGCUUCAGCCUUGUCGAGAGCGCCAUGGGCAAAUAA